AUGGACUCACAGGAAUCUGGAAACAAUUCAGGUGCCCAACAUCCAUUGAAUUAUACCAUGCUAGCUCAAAUCCUAAAUGGUGUUCAUCCAAUGAAUUUUCCAUUUCAACCUGUUCUUCACUUUGAUCCAACAAAUAGAAAUUAUCAUCCUCAUGCCGAUCAACAACCUCGCAUUCACCUUGAUCCAAUUAAUGGAUUGUCCUUCCAGAGUCUUUUGAAUGCUCCAAUGUGCAAUACUCAAACUCGUGAUGCAACCAAAGAACGAAAGAAGAGAGAAAAAGAUACUCAAAAUCCUACCAACUCUCAAUCUUCGAUUGCAAAACAGGAUUGGACAAAAGAAGAAGAGAUUGCAUUAACAAAAGCAUGGUUAUAUGUCUCGGAGGAUGCUGAAGUUGGUAACAAUCAAAAGGGAGUAGCUAUGUGGGAUCGUAUAUUAGAAGCUUGGAAAGAGAAUAUGGGAGUUGCAUGCAAUACGGCUCGAAAUAACAAUAGUCUGCAACUCAAAUGGUCCAAAAUACAAUUUGCAAGAAUAAAUGCUAUGCGGUCGUAUGAAGAUUUAGUCGGUGCUCUGUUUAAAUUUAUCCAUUGUUGGGAAGUUUUGAUUAAAAAUCCUAAAUGGUGUUCGAAAGAGCUUACAAAGAUGGCGGCUACAGGAUGUAAACAAGGGGUUGAGCACAACAAAACAACAAUGGUCAAUCAACUAGAAGGUAACAUUAAUGAUUGUGAUGUUCUUUCUGAUUGUACCAAAGUUGAUGGCGUUGAGCGCCCGAUAGGAAGAAAAGCCUGUAAAGAGAGGAAGAGAAAACUGAAUGAGGAAAAAAGUGUGGUGGAUGCAUUGAGCAAGUUGCAUUGUACAUUAGAGAAACAAGUUAGCAUUAAUCAAGCAACUUUGGAGAUGAAAAGAGAAAAAGAUGCAAAAGAACUACAGCUACGGGCGGAAGUAAUGCAGAAAGAACUAGACGUAAAAGAGAGAGCUCAAAAUUUGAAAGAAAAAAUGUGUAUAAUGAAGUUGAAAGAGCAAAGGAGGCAAGAGCAAGACCACUUUAUGAACCAAGACUUAAGCAAGUUCUCUCCUACUCGUCGAGCUUAUUAUGAACUUAGAAAGGCUGAAAUAUUGAAAGAAUUGGAGGAUGACGAUCCUUGCAAAUUUAAUCCGGUAUGUUGA